CCUACCGGGGGCGGGGGCAUUACUGUGGCCUGUACUCACAGGGGACAUCCUUGGAAUCUGUCCUCCCCUCCCAACGCCAGGUUAAAAACCUCAGCAGCACGUGCUGUUUGCAAAACUGCCUGCCACCGACCAGAGAUCUCACUCACGAGGGGAGCCAGCAUGUCGGCUGUGGUCCUGGAGAACGGAAGCCCUGGCAGGAAACUCUCUGAGGGACAGGAAACAAGCUAUAUUGAAGACAACUCCAGUCAAAAUGGUGCCAUAUCACUGAUCUUCUCACUCAAAGAAGAAGUUGGUGCCCUGGCCAAAGUCUUACGCUUAUUUGAGGAGAAUGAUAUAAACCUGACCCACAUUGAAUCCAGACCUUCACGCCUAAAGAAAGAUGAAUAUGAAUUUUUUACCUAUCUGGAUAAACGUAGCAUUCCUGUCCUGGCAAACAUCAUCAAGAUUUUGAGGCAUGACAUCGGCGCCACUGUCCAUGAGCUUUCUCGGGAUAAGACAAAAGACACAGUGCCCUGGUUCCCAAGAACCAUCCAAGAGCUUGACAGAUUUGCCGAUCAGAUUCUCAGCUAUGGAGCAGAGCUGGAUGCAGACCAUCCUGUGAGUCCCCCACAGUAUUCUAGUAAGAGGGAACAGCAUACAAAUAUUUCAUGCCUGUAUUUUAGUGGUCAGCCCAUCCCUCAAGUGCAAUACACGGAAGAAGAAAAGAAAACAUGGGGGACGGUAUUCAGGACCCUGAAGUCCUUGUAUAAAACCCAUGCUUGCUAUGAGCACAAUCACAUCUUCCCACUUCUGGAAAAGUACUGUGGCUUCCGUGAAGAUAACAUUCCACAGCUGGAAGAGGUUUCUCAAUUUCUUCAGAGUUGCACUGGAUUCCGCCUCCGACCUGUGGCUGGCCUGCUUUCCUCCCGGGAUUUCUUGGGUGGCCUGGCCUUCCGAGUCUUCCACUGCACUCAGUACAUCAGACAUGGGUCCAAACCCAUGUAUACACCUGAACCUGACAUCUGCCAUGAACUGUUGGGACACGUACCCUUGUUUUCAGAUCGCAGCUUUGCUCAGUUUUCCCAGGAAAUUGGCCUUGCCUCUCUGGGUGCCCCUGAUGAGUACAUUGAGAAACUCGCCACAAUUUACUGGUUUACUGUGGAGUUUGGCCUCUGCAAACAAGGAGACUCCAUAAAGGCCUAUGGUGCUGGGCUCCUGUCAUCUUUUGGUGAAUUACAGUACUGUUUGUCUGGCAAGCCAAAACUCCUCCCCCUGGAGUUGGAGAAGACAGCCACCCAGGAGUACACUGUCACAGAGUUCCAGCCCCUCUAUUAUGUGGCUGAGAGUUUUAAUGAUGCAAAGGAGAAAGUGAGGAACUUUGCUGCUACAAUCCCACGGCCCUUCUCAGUUCGUUAUGACCCAUACACUCAAAGGAUUGAGGUCUUGGACAAUACAGAGCAGCUUAAGAUUUUGGCCGACUCCAUCAACAGUGAAGUUGGAAUCCUUUGUAGUGCCCUCCAGAAAAUAAAGUGAAACCAUGGACAAAACCUGUCAACUGAGAAUCUGUUGAUAGAAAUCUGUUGAUGGAAAUUUCAUUUCAUCUGAAAAAGUUUGAAAAGUAAACCUUAAUUUGAAUUGACAGCCUUAAAUCUUUUUUGGAACAAGAUGGAGGAUGAACAAAUAAAUCAAAAUAACUUGAAAUGACAGCAUAUUAAUGCAUAUCCAAAAGCAUAAUCUUCUGGGGUCAUCUUUGAUUUAGAGAUGACAAUCCCAUACUCUCAAUUCAGUUAAAGUCAAUAAUCUGUCACCUUUCAUCAACAUUAAUUAAAAUUGGGAACUGAUUUACUCAAGCUUCAUAUAUGCUUUUGUUAUUGACCAUAGAGAAUUCCUAAAGGAAUACAUAUCACUCAAUAUAAAACACAAGCCUCUUAUUAGAAUUGAAUUUGUUGAUUUAAUAUAAAUUUAUCUUACAAAAGUCAUUUUCUGUUUCAGUAAACUAUAAUUCUAAUUAUUGUUGUGUUUUACUCAUGUAAUUUCCUUUAAUUCAAGAGCUCAUUAAAAUAGUUAUAAAUAUUGAAGUUCAUAACAUAAUAUUGAAACACUUCUGUGUAUUUUAUUGUAAUCAUAAAUACUGCCAUGGAAGGUAAUAUAAGUCCUCACCUGACUCCCACAACUUUCAAUAUCAUUUUCCAAUUAAUUGUCAACUUUUUUGUAGAUAUUUUGUAGACACAUGUGAUGCAACAGAUGUUAACUGAAGGUUUGGCUGGUAGAUAUUCAAUAAAUACUCAGAGAAAGAAUAAUGGAAUAUAUUAUUAAAUAGCAAAUCCUCAACAAAAGUGAGAAUUUUAGUUAUGUUUAAAAAAGUCUAGGGG